UCUCUCUAGAAUUCUUUCAAUUUCUUCCUUUCUUCUUUCAUGGAUUCCCCUUCUCGUUCCUCCGUCAUAGUCAUCGGCGCCGGUGCUUCCGGUCUGUCGGCGGCGAAGGUGCUGGUAGAGAAUGGAAUAGACGACGUGGUGAUUUUAGAGGCUUCCAAUCGUAUUGGAGGAAGAGUAUGUAAGGAGAAUUUCGGAGGCGUAUCGGUGGAGCUUGGAGCGGGGUGGAUCGUUGGAGUCGGCGGUAAAGAGCAGAAUCCGAUUUGGGAACUUGCUCUCAAAUCCAGUCUCCGUACAUGCUUCUCUGAUUACAGCACUGCUCGCUACAAUAUCUACGAUCGGAGUGGGAAAAUUUUUCCGAGUGGAGUAGCGGCUGUUUCGUACAAGAAGGCGGUGGACUCUGCGAUUCAGAAGCUGAGGAACCAGGGGGCGGAUGCCGCUGAUGUCUCCAUUGUAUCGGAGCCGCCUUGCACGCCUAAGACUCCGAUGGAACUCGCCAUAGACUUUACGCUCCACGAUUUCGAGAUGGCAGAGGUUGAGCCUAUACCGACGUUCUUGGAUUUUGGAGAGAGGGAAUUCUUGGUAGCAGAUGAAAGAGGGUACGAAUGUUUGCUCUACAAAAUGGCCGAGGAUUUUCUUUUGACCUCAUCAGAGGGGAAAAUUUUGGACACUCGUCUCAAGCUCAACAAGGUUGUUCAGGAAAUACAACACUCGAGAACCGGCGUUACUGUAAUAACGGAGGAUGGAUACAUCUAUGAAGCCAAUUAUGUGGUUUUGUCUGUCAGCAUUGGUGUUCUCCAAAGCCACCUCAUUUCUUUCACUCCACCUUUACCCAGUUGGAAAACAGAGGCCAUAGAGAAAUGUGACGUGAUGGUAUAUACAAAGAUUUUCCUCAAGUUUCCAUACAAGUUCUGGCCGUGCGGCCCCGGAAAAGAAUUCUUUAUUUACGCCCAUGAAACCAGGGGCUACUACACGUUUUGGCAGAACAUGGAGAAUGCCUAUCCUGGGUCCAAUAUCCUUGUAGUGACAAUAACAAAUGGAGAAUCGAAACGUAUCGAAGCUCAAUCUGAUGAGGAGACAUUGAGCGAAUCCAUGGAAGUGCUUAGGGAUAUGUUCGGACCUGACAUUCCAGAUGCUAUUGACAUACUUGUUCCUCGCUGGUGGAGUAACAGGUUCCAGCGUGGUAGCUACAGUAACUACCCCAUCACCUCUGAUUGCCAAGUUAUUCAAAACAUUAAGGAGCCCAUUGGACGUAUCUUCUUCACCGGAGAACACACAAGCGAAAGAUUUAAUGGCUAUGUACAUGGUGGAUAUCUUGCAGGCAUAGACACAAGCAAUACCCUGUUGGAAGAAAUGAGGAAAGACGAUGAAAGAAAAAGCAACGGUCAAUCGUUCUUGUUAGAGCCCUUGCUAGCUCUAACAGAAUCAUUAACUUUGACCCAAACCGAAGCAGCCUCAGGCCUUCACAAAUGUGAUCUUCCAACACAAUUGUACCUUAACAGCAACCACGGCAUCCCAGAAGCAAUUUUAUGACUACAUAGACGACAUACAAAGGAACAUGGAUCUCGUUUGAACGAUGAAGAAAACACGGCUAAGAUGAGUUUGAAUCCAAAUUCGAUUCAGGACUCCGAUACCGUAUAUGAAGAAGAAUGCAUGAAAUGAAGCAGGAGAUAGUUGAAGAAAUAAAGCUGAAGAGAUGAUGGAUGAUCUUCAUAGAAAUCAAGGUAUCUCCAAUCACCAUUGUUGUUUACUCA